AUGGCCAGUCAUGUCAAUAAAGGGCAAGACAAUGACACAAUGUUUUCCUUUGGAUCAGUAUCAUCACAAUGUAGUGUGAAAUGCCUGAUUCCUAAGAAAGUUUGCAAGUUAGCAUACAGAAUGAUCACGCAGUGCCGGCAGAAUAGCCUAAAAACAUAUCUUUAUGGAAGAUACUCAUUUGUUGGAGUUUCCAGCUUGAAUGUUAUUGUGAAUAGAAUUGAACAGAAAAAACAGUAUUGUCAAUCAAACAUCCCUGAUGAGUUUUCGAUACCUUUUAAGCUUGCUAAAUACGAUAUUUUUAGCAGUGCAGAAAGCCAGUCUUUAGAUUGUGCCAUUCAAGCUAUUUGGAAUGAUUAUACUCUGAAGCCCUUAAGUUUGGAUAUCACCAAUUGUAUACAGUUCUGGGCAUACGCCUGUGUUACAAAAAACGGCAAUAACAGGGAUGGAAGGAUUAACAAACCUCAAGAUUUGACCUCCGAAAUGUACUUUUCGAAGUUUAGAGUGGAAUGUUUGGUUCUAGACUAUUUAGUGAAUCUAACGCCGAUCGGUAAACCAUCCUUAGUUUCAUCAUUACUCGUAAAAUGCCUGGAGACACCUAACUUUCAUCUGUCUGAAUUUACUGAAUCUUUCAAUGAUUAUUAUAGAGGAUCUGAAAUACGUUUUGGUUAUCUAAACAUAACUAACACGGGGAAAAUUUCACUUCAUUUGGAUACGGAUCCAACUAUUCUAACCUCAUCUCCUAUCGGAAUAUGGAUUUCUGGGGUUAAAGGAGCUUGUGAUUUUCGCAUAUGGAAAGCUUGCUUACAAUUUCUUUUGAUCAAUGAAACCCAAAUAAAUAGAUUGGUCAAAGGUGAUUGUUUGGGAUACAUGAAUUCGACAAACAAUUCACCCAUGUUGUUGGCUGUUUAUCCAUGCGAUUCGAGCUUGCCACGUUUUUAUGAAACUAGUAUAGUAUAUUCAUGUGAAACUGGUACUUGUGAUUCUUCAGUUUAUAUGAGGCUACACAGAAAUUCUAAAGAUCCAGUGCAGUUAAAGUUUACUCUUUUGUCAAGCCUUGAAGAUAGUGUAUCUCUUCCAAAAUCCAGUUUCGAAAAUUCAGAAUAUUUUACAUGGAAUUUGGUGAAAAAUAUUUCACCUAAAGAAAAUUUGACCAUUUUAAAAGAUUCAGUGAAACAAUUUUGUGAUUCUGUUAAUGGUUUGGAAUAUUUUGAAGAUAAGUUUGUUCGUUUAGCGAUUCCUACUCUGUUUUCUGCGACAUCACAAAUCUCUGCCCGUUGUGUAUCUGAAAACCAGAACAGUAUGAAAAGUAAUCUGAAUUCUCACCCAUCUAGUGGUGAAUUUAAAAAAGAUCAUCAAAUUUAUCUGCAAUUACAUAAAUAA